AUGUUAAACACGACAGAAGCGCGAUUUAACAUGAUGAAGAAGACAAACUUCCUAGAAGAAGCAGUGAUGAUGGUGGAUUUCAGUCAUCCAAAUGUCCUCACACUGCUUGCCAUCACCAUUGAAGACAACAUUCCUAACGUCAUCCUGCCUUUUAUGGAGAAUGGGGAUUUGAGAUCUUACGUGCUUGAUGAAAAAAAUAAAUUUGUUCUAGGCGAACUUUUGAACUUUUGUCUUCAAGUCGCAUCAGGAAUGGAGUAUCUGGCUCUUAAAAAAUUUGUUCACAGGGAUUUAGCUGCAAGAAACUGCAUGGUUGACAGCAGCCUAACAGUGAAAGUCGCUGAUUUUGGACUGGCCAGAGACCUGUACGAGACAAACUACUAUAUCGCGGAGAACAGAUCCAUUCCUCUGCCCUACAAAUGGAUGCCCAUUGAAUGCCUAAGCGGAAAGCUUCAAUUCUCGGAAAAAACUGACGUGUGGUCGUAUGGAGUCCUGAUGUGGGAGGUUUUCACGCGAGGAGGCAGUCCAUACUUUGAUCUGCAGCAUCGAGAACUCAAACAUUUUCUAAAGAGAGGCGAAAGACUUGAGAAACCAGAGAUUGUUCCUGAUUAUUUGUAUGCCGUCAUGUGCAGUUGCUGGCAUUCAGAAUCACGAAGCAGACCGACAUUCUCCGAACUGAAAUCGUCCAUAGAGUCCAUCUUUACAUUUGACCAGGAUUAUCUGACACAUCAGAAAGAGGCAAAAGAGGAAAGCCAAUUGGUUCAAAUAUCUGAGCAUGAAAAGAAUAAUGUCUAUGAAUUUUCAAUGAUCGAAUCUUUUUAAUAAACGAAUUAAUGAACAAAAAAAUUAUUAAAUUAAUAAUAUUAAUAUAUGAAUAAAGGAACGAAUGAUAGUACAAGAGAGUGAUUUAAACCAAUUAAUAGAUAAGUGAAUGGAUAAUUGGAUCCUAGAAAUUUAUUUUGAUUGAUGAUGAUUGGAUCCAAAGAAAGUAUUUUACGUAUAGGAUUUGUUCAUUCUCGUCAAUUGGAUUCAAACGUUUUGUUUUACUGGACUUCAAUAAAAAGCCUAUGAGGACCUUCAAUCUUCCAGAACAUGAUUUUUUUAACUCUCCAUAACUAUGAUUGUAGUUAGUUUUACAAAGUUGGCAGAAUGCUCAACUCACAGUACAAUUAGUUCUGAUGAAGUCAUUUGAUUUAUAUUCUUUUUCAUCUUGAUCAAAAAAAGUUUUGUAAGUCCGGAGAAAAUUAUAUAUAUAUUUAUUUUUUAAUUUUUGGUCGUUAACUUUUUUACAUAUUUGGUUUGCAUAAUUAAAAAAAAUCCG